UAGAAGUCCAUUUCAUCGCCUGAACGGCGCGUUGGGAGGUACACUUCCGGUACGCCACAUUGGUCCGAGAUAAAGUGACGGCCGAGUUUGAAUGUUUCUUUGAAUCAACCCGCGGGACAUGACAGAGUUUCUGUCAGCGUCCUCUGAGAUAAAAUGGCAUCUGCGCUUUUGGCCCUUGUGCUCCUCACGGCAGAAGUGACCCUCUCUAAAGGGACCAAUCAAUGUGUCGCCAGAAACCUGGGCCACGACUCUGUGGUGUGUGAGUGCAACUCAACCUACUGUGACAGCGUGGGGUCCGUCGCUCUGCCUCCAUUGGGCCAGUACUCCUCCUACCUGAGCAGCAUGGCCGGCAGCAGGCUGGAGGCGGGCCGGGGCCGGGUCCGGGUCAACGGCACCGGCGCAGGCCUCAGGUUGACCGUCGUUCCCGACCAGAAGUACCAGAAGAUCAGGGGGUUCGGUGGAGCCAUGACGGACGCGGCAGCCAUUAACAUCCUGUCUCUUUCAGCUGGUACACAGGAGCAGCUGCUGCGUCAGUACUUCUCCCCUGAAGGUAUCGGUUACAGCGUGGUGCGCGUCCCCAUGGCCAGCUGUGACUUCUCCACCCGCCUGUACACAUACGCCGACACACCUGGAGACUACGACCUGGACAAUUUCACACUGGCCCCCGAGGACGUCAAAAUGAAGAUCCCUCUCCUGCAGCGCGCUCAGGCCUUGUCUCCUCGCCCCCUGGCUCUGCUGGCCAGCGCCUGGAGCGCCCCCGCCUGGAUGAAAACUAACGGUGCUCUCAUAGGAAAGGGCUCCCUGAGGGGCCGGCCCGGGGGCAAGGAGCACAAAACCUGGGCUCAGUACUAUAUCAGGUUCCUUGAGGAAUAUGCUAAAUAUAACUUGACCUUCUGGGCUCUGACUACAGGGAAUGAGCCCUCUGCAGGACACAUAACAAACUACAGUUUCCAGGCUCUUGGCUUCACUCCUGAGGAGCAGAGGGACUGGGUGGCUCUGGACCUGGGCCCUGCCCUGCAUGCUUCCUCACACCCACGCACACACGUCCUCAUCCUGGAUGACAACCGUCUGCUGCUGCCUCACUGGGCCAAAGUGGUCCUAAAUGACAUUCACGCAGGAAGGUUCAUUCAUGGCGUGGCGGUUCACUGGUACAUGGACUGGCUCGUCCCAGCAGAGACAAGCCUCGGAGUCAUCCAUCAUCUGUACCCGGAGUAUUACCUGUUCGGCACAGAGGCCUGUGCCGGCUGGAGCCCGCUGGACCGAGGGGUGAAGCUGGGGAGCUGGGACCGCGCGGAGCAGUACGCACACGACAUCAUAGGGGACUUGAAUCAUCAUGUGGUGGGGUGGACGGACUGGAACCUGGCUUUGGACCAGAGUGGUGGGCCAAACUGGGUUAAAAACUUUGUGGACAGCCCUGUCAUAGUGGACGCUCAGCGGGACGUCUUCUACAAGCAGCCACACUUCUACAGCAUGGCGCACUUCAGUAAGUUCCUGUGGGAAGGGUCUCAGAGAGUGGGAGUGUCCGCCAGUCAGACAACUGAGCUGGAAUACACUGGGUUCAUCAGACCCGACGGCUCAGUAGUGCUGAUCGUACUCAACAGGUCAUCGUCUGUGAUCCAGUUUGAAGUCAGGGAUCUCGCUGUGGGCUUCAUCUCCUCGACGGCACCGGCUCGCUCGUUGCUCACGCUGGCUUGGAACACACACUGAUCAUUAGUACAAGUUCACAUUGCAAAUCCGUAUUUGAAAAAGCAUUUUAUGUUGAGAAUCUCGGUACCAAAGCUUUUUGGCAGGUUUCUAUUAAACCACUCACUCAGAUUGGGGAUUGCAGUAGCCUCAAACAUGAAUUAACUCAAAUUAUUAGAUUUUCCUUUAAAACCCUAAAAUGUUUUUUAUAAGAAAAACAGAAUCCUAUUGAAGACCUGAAAGUAAUAAUCAGUUAACUGGACUGACCUGUGCCAAGCACAACUCCUGCCUGGAUUUUGAGCGAAUGAAAUCAUAAAUAUGUACAGGAAUUGUAAAUGCCUUGUUAUUUAAUUUUAAAUAAAGUGCAAAUUGUUUAAAAAACA